AUGGUUAAAACUUGUAUUCUCUUUCAUGUGUAUGUGUUGAUCUUGGUCUUGUUGUUUCUAAUAGUUGAAGCAUCAUCAUCUAAUUCCAAUGAUAAAACAUCACCUAAUUCUUUGUUUGUGAAACAUUUUCUGGGCUCCAAGAGAGGCGAUACAGUUGAGGGACUUGGACAAGUAAGGAAGUACCUUUCGAAAUACGGUUAUCUCGGUCCCUCCAUGGCUGGUCGCUACCAAAGGAGUCCCGACACAUUUAAUGACUCGAAUGUUUUUGAUCACGACUUGAGAAAAGGUAUCACGAAGUUUCAACUCUUCUUUAAUAUAAAUGUUUCGGGGAUUUUAGACGAGGAGACAUUGUCAAUAAUGGUGAAGCCUCGGUGUAGCUUACCUGAUUUGGUCAAUGGAACUCCCAUCAAGCACGGGAUAAAGUUAGUCCGGAACCCGAUUAAUAGUUCGUACUACGAGUUUCUACCAUCACCAAAGUGGUCCAAGUUCAAUUUAACCUGGUACAAAUAUUCCGAAUCGCGACCAGAAUCUAUUUCACCCCUUACUUUUGCAUUUAAGACUUGGAAAGAUAACUCAAAGUUUAACUUUGUGAGAGCUUCUUCGUAUGGAGGUUCGGAUGUGACGAUACAUUUUGGUAAUGCCAACACAACUAAUAUUCGCAACUUCAAAGAUUUCUCAAUAGCUUAUACAACAAAUCUACCAGAUCCAAAUAUCUAUUUCAACGUAAAGAUUCCUUGGGUGGUCGGGGACUCCCCUGAUGGAUAUGACAUUGAAACAACUGCCGUGCAUGAGAUCGGACACAUCCUUGGUCUAGCCCACACUUCGGUUCAAGAAGCCGUAAUGUUUCCAACUGCAUCCAUGGGCAAAAUAAAAAGAAACUUACACAAUGAUGACAUUGCCGGAAUUACGGCAUUGUAUCCUUAA